GCGGGUCUGGCGCCGGGCUGCGCCGGGGCGUUGGCUAGCGUGGCACCAGGGGCAAACUCGGCGCGGUUAUCAGUGAUCCACAGUCACACUGUCAGAGUCAGCCGCCGGAGACUUCUGCUCGGCGGGCAGCCGCCUUGUUGACGGUCGGUCGCCCAAUGUGGCAGCCAAAUGAGCUUACCCAGCUGCGGGGCUCACAGUGGGCUCAUCUCUCCAGCUCGGGAUAGCUGCUGAAACGUCCGGACUCUGUGAAACGAGCGUGAGAUGUGCGUCAACGGCGUGGCGAUGUUGUCAGUGCUCAUACGACAGCCGUUCGAGGCAGUGGUGCUCAGAGACUGAGGAAGUGAGACAGUGCGCCAUCUCUGUAAAGACGAGCACCAGGCCACGGAGAGAGGGAGAGUAAGAAGACACUGAGGAGAGAGCAGAGCGAAGAUGAACUCGGUACAGAGUGGAGGAGGAGGCGGCGGAGGACUGGAGGAGGACAUCAAGGAGCUGGUGGCGACGGCGCCCAACCAGCGCAACUGGCGCGGCAUCAUCCUUGCCCUGCUGGUCAUCACCUUCAUCAUCUCCAUGAUCGUGGUGUCGGUGGUGGUGCUGACCCCGGACGACACCCGCACACCCAUCACCGGCAGCAGGUUCACCCUGGAGGACAUAGUCAGCGGCGACUUCAAGGUCAACCCCUUCAACGGCUCGUGGCUCUCAGACCACGAGCUGGUGUACCGUGACAUGUGGGGCGGCCUGUCCGUUCUCAACUGCGAGUCGAUGGCCGUUCGCCUGCUCGUCAGCAAUGUCACAUUCCGUCAGCACAAAGUGCGUCACUACUGGGUCUCCUCGGACCAACAGUACGUCCUGCUGGCCCACGACGUCAGACAGAAAUUCCGACAUUCAUACCUGGCCAAGUACACGAUUUACGACGUUGCGAGAGGGUUCUCCGCACCGCUGACCCCCACGCCCGAGGAGCGCGGCCACCCGGCGCUCAGUUACGCCGCCUGGGUACCCACCGACAACGUCACCCACGGCCGCGGUAACGCGCUGGUCAUGGUCUACAAGAACGACAUCUACUACAAGACGUCGGCGGCGGCGGAAACCGUGGACCGAGUCACCACCUCCGGCCAGCCCGGGGUGGUGUUCAACGGCGUACCCGACUGGCUCUAUGAAGAGGAGAUCCUCAGUACCAACGUAGCCAUGUGGUUCAGUCGUCGCGGCGACCGAAUGGUGUACGCCACGUUCAACGACUCGGGUGUCACGGCCACCCCGGUCACCUACUACCAGCCGAGUGGCGGCGACACCAAGUACCCGGCCGUCUACUGGAUCCGAUACCCGCAGGCGGGCACUGCGAACCCCGAAGUGACUCUGUGGGUGGUAAAUCUACGGGACAUCGGUGUGGCGAGCGCCAACGACCUGCGCCCGCCGACCGGACUUAAAAGCGACUACUACUUCACCGAUGUGUCCUGGGUGGACGAGAAGACGGUAUCGGUGGUGUGGGCCAACCGCCACCAGAACACCUCUCACAUCAGCGAGUGUGUCGACGGACUCUGGUACUGCUCAGAGAGCCACGUUCAGGAGCAGGCGGCCCCCGGCUGGCUGGAGGUGCAGGCGGCGCCCCUGUACGCCGCCGACGGGCGCAGCUAUCUCACCCUACAGCCGGUCAGGGACGCAGACGAGGGCCGUUUCCAGCACAUCUCGCACGUGGACGUGCUCAGGAAGCAGCUCACUCCGGUCACCAUCGGCGCCUUCGAGGUGCUGGAGCUGCUCGGCUGGGACGAGCCCAAACAAGUCAUCUACUUCACGGCAGUUCCUCAGGGCACCCCUGGCGAACGACACUUGUACCGAGUGAACCGCACCACCACUGCCCUCUAUCGGCCGACGCCUGAAUGUCUCACGUGCCCAGACAACAGCACAGAGCGGCCCUGCCUCUUCGGCAAAACGCUUAUGGGUCCCCGGAUGAGGUACUACGUGCUGGAGUGUCUGGGCCCGGACCUGCCGUUCACCGAGCUGUACAUGCUGCCGGAGAACAAGCUGCUGACGCUGCUGGAUAACAACACGGCCAUCCGGGAGAAGGCCGCCGAGAUGGCCUGGCCCCAGGUGCGCCACCUGACGGUGCCGCUCUCCGAGGAACAGGAGGCCGCCGUCGAGCUGAUCCUGCCUCCCGGACUCCGUGACGAUGAGGUCACCCGGUACCCCAUGAUCGUCGAAGUCUACGGCGGGCCCGGCACGCAGCAGGUGACCUCGCGCUGGCGGGUCGGCUGGCACACCUACAUGGCGUCCGGCAGGAACUUCAUCUACGCCAGGAUCGACGGCAGGGGCUCCGGCAACCGCGGCCAGAAGCUGAAGCACAGCGUGCACGGCAAGCUGGGCACCAUCGAGGUCCAGGACCAGCUGAAGGUGGUCCGUAAGCUGACUACAGAGCAGUACUUUAUCGACUCGCGCCGUGUUGUCAUCUGGGGAUGGAGCUACGGAGGGUUCGCCGCAGCCAUGGCGCUGGCCUUGGACAACCGGCGCCUGUUCCGGGGAGCCGUGUCCGUGGCUCCCGUCACCGACUGGAACCUAUACGACUCGGCCUACACAGAGCGGUAUAUGGGACCUCCUGGCGCCCGCGGCAACUACCGGGGUUACGAGGAGGCCGACCUUACCAGCCGGGCCGAGAGCUUCCGCAACAAGAACCUGCUGCUGAUCCACGGAUCCGCUGACGACAACGUGCACGUGCAGCACAGCAUGCUGCUCUCCAGGGCGCUGGUCAAGGCUGGCGUCACCUUCAGACAACAGAUCUACCCGGACGAGAACCACUUCUUAUCAGGAGUGAAGCGGCACAUGUUCACACUGAUGGAGGACUUCAUCGAGCGCUGCUUUCUGCCACCGAAACGGAUCAUAGACGAGGCGCUCGAAAAGCUGCGCAAGAAAAAGAAGAUCGACUAGACUCCCAUCGACUCAUCCACCCACCCGUCUUGUCAUUCUGGUGCUAUAUAGCCGGUGUCGUGAGCGGGCCGAUUUAGAGGUCCUGGUCCAGCCGUCCCCGUAGUGUCCGCGCCCGCCACCCCGGGGUGCCGGGUCUCAGAGGACCCCGACCACCCCAGUGAUCCCGCCAGUGCUUUAGAGACGCCCGGUCCCAGUGAUAUAUACGUGUGCUUGGUUUGGUCGUUGCGGGGAGCCUACCCGGCUCCCGGUGCUGUGGGGUGCUCGCGGAGGUGUUAGGGGUUAUUGAACCCCUCUCCGGUCGAAUGGAGCUCAGUGCGAGAUAUAUAGCCUGUAGUUAUCCUUGGGCAGGUUGCUAGAUCUCCUGUAGAUUAUUCUUUCCUGAAUCAUAGCGCAAAAGAAAAAACAAACAAAUGGAAGCAUGAUCCGUUCCCAUCUGGACUCAAUUGCGAAUGACAAAUCAGGCACCUUAUUAUGUCGUUUUGCCAGCUUCAAGUACCUUAUAUGUGUCGGGAUCGGCUCCCAAGUGCCAACCGAUCAGAAUGUUGUAAGUAGGCGGUAGAUAUGAAUGGUAGGACAAAGAAAUAGUCGCAAUAUCUGGUAGUGUAGGGAGGUGGGACAACUGUGACGAGAGCCCUUAUUAGGGGUGACUGAAGGCGCGAUAUUAACGUUAAGCGUUCUGGAGUCGGUAUGCCUGGACGCCUGGAGGAUGAGUUUCAUUUCUCUGCUUGUCUGAGUGAAGAUGCUCUAAGUGGUUGGAGGAGCAGAGCGACUGGCGCGUGUUGCUUAAUCAUUCCUGUGCGCCCCUGCCUCGUGAGGGGAGUGCGACAUUAUUAGCCCGCCAGGCGCCGGGCUCUCGUUGAAUGCGUCACGCGUACGUUCGGAGCUGUUGGUUGCUCAUGUCGUUGUUUCGUCCUGUAGUGACCGUUUGUCCCGACCUUGCUGAUCAACGACCUCACCUGUGAUGCCGGUCGACAGGAGUUGACCUGACCCGACCCGACCCCGACCCGACCCGGUCCCUUCCCUGCGCUACCAGCAGGUCCGGCAAUACUAACAGCACGGGUGAAGGAUUGCGCCGUAUGUGGCGAUCCGAAGUGCAUUGUGUUCAUACUGAGAGAAUGUUACAUUGUCAGAACUGUUUGGGGCACGCAUAGACAGGCCCCUCUCAUUGGUAUGCGAUGCGAUGCCAGAUGUUUUCGGGACAUCCACGGGCCAGUGUGAGACCAUUCUUUUGCUGACGACAGCGGAUGGUGGUCUCAGCGCGACUUCUUACCCGCCCGAGAGCGUUGAUGCCACUGAACUUGCUUGCCUCGUCAUUUCUUUAGAAGUUUCUUCAAUAGCCGUUACCGACUCCGAGGCCCCAUGUUAUUCACUUUGAACUGUUCAAUACCCAGCGUGAUGAAGGUAGUGCCUCGCUUGAGGCUUCUAGCUAGUGAAGUGUUUUCUUAUACAAAUCUGUGUGUUAGCUGUUUUUCGAUACAUUACCGGCGCCGAGGGCCUGGUGCAGAUCUCUAUUGGAGGUCUACUCUAGCUCAGGCACGCGUCUUGGCCAGUAGACUCUCAGUGCCGGCUCCUGUUAGAGAUUGGCCGGAGGUUUCCCCGUACGGUCGACAGUCUAGAAAGUUUUAUUGUAUAGUUAUUCUUAUGUAUGUAAUACAAACAGUCCAGAUCCA